UGUGGGGAGGGCAGGGUCCAGCCCCGGCCGCCUCCAGGGGCUCGGGGGCCGCAGCAGCGAUUGCAGUGCAACAGGGAGCACGUUUUGCUGCCGGUUGUGCACCGGCGCCAGGCGCUGGCUGCGGGCAGGGGGGGAUGCUACAGCCAUGACAGCGCUGCCGGGUGCUCCCGGCGGCUCCGUGCAUCCCACCCCCAUCCCGGCCCGCUCCGGAGCCGGGGCCGGCUCGCUGGGGACCGCGGUGCCCGGGGCCGUGUCCCGGGAGGACGGUGCGCGGUGUCGCUGAUCCCUGCCAGUGGCUGACCAUGUUCAACGGGGAUGCGGCCGCCGGCGUGGGCAGGAGCGUGGUGCGCAGCUCCAGCAUCAGCGGCGAGAUGUACAGCGCCGAGAAGAGCGCGCGCGGCAGCGCCGACGCCGGCACCGCCGGCACCACCAGCAAGAAGCGGCGCUCCAGCCUCGGCGCCAAGAUGGUGGCCAUCGUGGGGCUGUCCCAGUGGAGCAAGAGCACGCUGCAGCUGAACCAGACCGAGGGUGGUCCCAAAAAGCUGCGCAGCAACAUCCGGAGGAGCACGGAGACCGGCAUUGCGGUGGAGAUGAGGACCAGGAUCACCCGGCAGGGCAGCCGGGAGUCCACCGACGGCAGCACCAACAGCAACAGCUCCGACGGCACGUUCAUCUUCCCCACGACCCGGCUGGGUGCCGAGAGCCAGUUCAGUGACUUCCUGGAUGGGCUGGGGCCGGGCCAGCUGGUGGGACGGCAGACACUGGCCACGCCACCCAUGGGCGAUGUCCACGUUGGCAUGGCUGACCGCAACGGGCAGCUGGAGGUGGAGGUGAUCCAGGCAAGGGGACUUAUCCCGAAGAUGGGCUCCAAGUCCAUCCCUGCCACCUACGUCAAGGUUUACCUGCUGGAGAACGGCAUCUGCCUGGCCAAGAAGAAGACCAAGGUGGUGAAGAAGACCUGCGACCCCUCGUACCAGCAGCCUCUGCUCUUUGAGGAGAGCCCCCAGGGCAAAGUCCUGCAGGUGAUCGUCUGGGGAGAUUAUGGGCGCAUGGACCACAAGUGCUUCAUGGGGAUGGCGCAGAUCAUCCUGGAGGAGCUGGAUCUCUCCAGCGCGGUCGCGGGCUGGUACAAACUCUUCCCCACCUCCUCGCUGGCCGACCCCAGCAUCGGUCCCCUGACGCGCCGCCUCUCCCAGUCCUCCCUGGAGAGCUCCACCAGCCCCUCCUGCCCAUAGGGGCCGGUUGGUGGGGGAGGCUGGGCGGGGAAGGGAGCCCCUGCCCCAGCAGAACUGUCACUGGAUGCUGUAAAUAUCCUGGUCCUCCCGCACCCUUUUUCUUUCUCUCUUUUCCACCCUCCCUCCCUGCUCUCCACACGCUCCUCCCUGAGCACAUCCCGGGAUGUUGGAGAUGGCCGAGGGCCGAGCGCUUUGAGGCAGGGGGAAGGAGAAGCAAACCCCCCCCUCCAUGAUGCAGACCAAGGGCUGCGGCUGCUGCCCCAUCCCAGGACUGUUCCUGCACCUCCUCCCGUUGGGCAGGACUCAGAGCGAUGUGGUUCUGUCCUGCCCACCCGGCGGGAGCAUCUCGGGCCGCUCCAUCCAGCACUGCUGGAGCAGUGCAGUGAUGGGGUUUCUUUUCCCUGGAUUCCAUUCCCUGCCUCGGAGGCAAAGCUCUUCAAAGAGGAAAACAAGCACUCAGAAAGAAAUCCAACUCAGCACUACUUUUGUUUUCCAAGGAAUGUAGCAUCUUCUAUUAUGUAGCUUGCCACGUGCUGACACACACUCACUUCUCUG